AAAAAAAAAAAAAUUCAAAUAAACAAAAUGGUUAAACCGACCGCGCGAUCAGAACUGGCUGCGAUCCGAUUCCAAAUAAAUUUAGGGUCAAAGUGCGCGUAGUCCGAUCGACUCGGCCAUGCCCUAUGGAGUCCGCCGCAGCCAUUUCUUGUGUAUGCGACUUAAAUUCUGAUCUCGCCUGCGGCAGAGGAGAAAGAGAUGGGGUAUUUUCUGAGAGUUAGAUUAGCAUCUUUCUUUGCAGGUGCCGCAACUGCUUCCGCCGUUGGUCUAUUUGUUCUUUACAGGGAUUACAAAGUUGCUCAUGACUCCAUCUCUGGGCAGAUGAAAGACCUCUUUGACUCUAUGGAUGGACGCAUCUCAGCUCUGGAGAAGUUGAAAGAAGCUGAGGCUCCUCAGCAUGUGGAAGCCACCGAGUAGAUAUCACUAGAGGUUUGGUUUGUCAGCUCGUUGACAUGUUUGUUCUCAACAUGCCUUUAAUUUUUUUUUUUGGGGGGGGGUUUUGGUUUGGUUUGGUUGGAGGAAUAAUCACAACUCAGCUGAUUUUCAUUGACUUGACUCGGUGAUUAUGACUGAAAUGUAGAUGAUAUUCAUACAAUUUUCUCUUAGUCUUGAAUGGGCUUAAUAUUUUAUGCAGCCAUUUGGACCAUAAAA